UUUAGCUAACCUUCGUGCGUGAUGUUUGAGCGCUCCUUAUUUUUGGUUUCCAAAUCUUUAAAAUUCUGAACUCGUCUCGAACAGGCACUUCCUUGGCGUUUAUUUCCCGGACUGCGCGGACAUGUGUCCAGAUACUCUGAAGGUCAUCAGAAAGUCCAACAAAUCUGAGGUUCACAGACCAAAGCUACGCUGACAUGGCUCCAACACUGUAUGACGAGAAGCCAGAGCUUGGGGAUUUAAUUGAGGUUUUCCGUGGCAAUUAUCAGCACUGGGCUGUGUACAUUGGUGAUGGCUUUGUUGUUCACUUGGCACCCCCCUCUGAGGUCCCGGGUGCUGGCUCCAGCAGCAUGAUGUCUGUCCUAACUGAGAAGGCCUUAGUGAAGAAAGAGGAGCUGUGGGACAUGGUGGGAACUGAUGAGUGGAAAAUCAGCAACAGUCUGGAUGGGAAGUACCAGCCGCGCGAGCCUCACAUCAUUGUGAGGGAGGCCUGUAAGAUGGUGGGCCAGGAGCUUCCAUACUGUGUCUUCAGGGGCAACUGUGAGCACUUUGUCAAUGAGCUGCGCUACGGCAAGGCGGAGUCCCGUCAGGUGCGUAAGGCAGGAGAGGCUGUCAUGGUUGCAGGUGUGGCUGCAGCUGUGGGUCUGGGUAUUGUGGCUCUGGCAGGAGCUCUGUUUGGAGGCAGCAAAAAGGAAAACAAGAACACACAGUGAUGGAUCUUUGUUCUCUUUUGUUCAGGGUCUGGAUUAGCAGAGCCUAACCAGCAAAGUUAACUGGUGGCUAAUCAGUCACAGAUAACACUGCCUAACUUACAUGCAGUUACCUGUGAUUUAGCAGGAAAUUGGGUUGAUUUCACCUUCAUGUCCUUCAUGCUUUUUGACAACAGUGUAAGGCUGGUUGGUUUGUAUUUUCCAGGCUGUUAAGAGAUUUUGUACAGACAGCACAUUUAGCAGUUUUUCCUCAAAGAUGAAGUACAUUUUAAAUAUUUUCAUGUGAAAUUCAGAAGAUGACUAUGGAUCGCUUGUGAAGGAGGGUGGUGGGAGGAUGUAUAGUUAUAUUUAAAAAACACACAAAAAAACCAAAAAGAAAAACUUUAUAUCAGUCAUAAUUUAAAAUGACUCCUGAUAGUCAAACAUCUGAAGUGAAAAUAUGAAGUUCUAUUUAUGAAUAACUGAUAAGCUAAAAAUGAUCUGUCAUAAUAUGAAGAAUUUAAAAAACUUAC